AUGGUAACCGAGCCGCAAGCCGUCGUUCACGUCCAUGAAGUCAUGAUUAUUGGCGCCGGGCCUUCUGGUCUUGCGCUUGCUGCGCGGCUAUCUGAGCAUAUGCCGGCGGCCAAUUUUACAGACGACGAGCACCAAAGGUUCCACUGGAUCAACCGACACAGAAACCAACCGAGUGUCAAGCAUUCCAAGACAGGAGCAGAGACACGACGGGAGUCGCCCGCUGUCUCCUCGCCCCACGCCAAGAUCGAUCUACUGGUGCUUGACGCAACCGACAAGCAUUGGAUGGCCCGGUGGGAUGGGCUUUUCAAGAUGUUCGAUAUUUCUCAUCUUCGAAGCCCGAUGUUCUUCCACGUCGACCCAGCAGAGCGCGACGGUCUGCUUUCCUAUGCGCAUAUGAACGACAGAGAAAAAGAACUCAACGAACUCCGAGGCUGCGUGGGCAAGGAGUUGAGCAAGCACCAGAGGAAGAAAAGGGAAAGAUCAGGCAAUCAGCCUCGAACGGAACCCACCAUCGACGAGCGCGAUCGCAAUGACUACUUCGUCCCCUCUACGCCCCUGUUCUCUUCCCACUGCAACUGCAUCAUUGACCGCUACAACAUCCGUGAUGACAUCGUCUCGCACGAGAAUGUUGAAGACAUUCGAUAUGGCAUCUUGAAAGAAUACUCGGAUACUGAGAAGGUGUUUACUGUCAAGACCGAUAGCAAGAUACAUCACGCCAAGAUUGUUGUCUUAGCUGUUGGGGGUAAUCCAGCUCAGAUACCCUGCAAGUUGUCAGCGGAAGAGAUGGAGGGUGCAACACACGCCAUGCACCUCAAGGAGAUGCCAUCCCCACAUAUCCGACGAAAGCUCGCCGACAAGAUCCGAACGAAUAUCCUAGUAGUUGGAGGAGGCCUUACCUCGGCACAAUUGGCCGACUUGGCCAUACGACGAGGCGUGUCGAAAGUUUGGCUCAUCAUGCGCAGCAACCUCAAAAUCAAGCAUUUCGACAUAGGCCUGGAAUGGGUGGGCAAAUUUCGGAACCACCAGCACUCUCGGUUUUGGUUGGAAGAGAAGGAAGAGGAACGAUGGAAGAUGUAUGACACUGCGCGAAAGGGCGGAAGCAUUACACCAGCAUACAAUAAGGUGCUUGAACGGCAUGUCGUGUCGGGUCGUCUCAGUAUGCUGCAAAAGACUACCAUCAAGAGCAAGCAGUGGGAUCCAACCUCGAAGACAUGGUCUGUGUCACUGUGCGGCGACGAGCAGGAGCUUCCUCCCAUCGACCACAUCUACUUCGCGACCGGCGUACAUAACGACUUUGAAUGCCUCCCUUUCCUGCAGUCUAUGAUAUCCGACUUCCCUAUCAAGGCCUGUGGCGGCUUUCCUUGCAUUACACAGAACAUGGCGUGGAGAGAAGACGUCCCUCUCUUUGUGGCUGGUCGAUUUGCCGCGUUGCAGCUUGGUCCAGGGGCUCCGAACCUGAUCGGUGCCAGGAUAGGGGCGGAGAGGAUUGCGUGGUCCAUCCAGGACAAACUGGGUUCGGAAGAAGGAGGGAACAGCACGGGCUCUCACCGAGACAAGUUCAAUUACGCCACUGGUAGGUGUAACAGCUUUGAUGCUCUUGCUGACCUCGACGAGUAA